AAGAAGCAUUCUGAUAUGCUGAGAUGUAUUCUUGUCUUUCAGAUGGGUGGUGGGGUGGUGAUGGGUGUCGGGAUCUGGACGCUGGUCGAUAAAGGAGAGUACCUGAGCCUGCUGGCCUCCAGUACAUUCGCCGUGUCCGCCUACAUCCUGAUCCUGGCAGGAGGGCUGGUGAUGGUCACGGGGUUCUUGGGCUGCUGCGCUGUCAUACGUGAGCAGAGGAGCUGUCUGUCCACGUACUUCUCCUGUCUGCUUCUGAUCUUUCUAAUUGAGCUGGUGGCUGGUGUUCUGGCCUAUGUUUAUUAUCAGUCGCUGAGUGAAGAGCUGAAGCAGCACUUGAGCAAGACAAUGACAGAGAACUAUGCCCAACCGGGAAAAGAGAGCAUCACACAUUCUGUGGACCGACUACAGCAGGAUUUCAAUUGCUGCGGGAGCAACAACUCCUUUGACUGGACACACAGCACGUACAUCAUGUCCCUGGAAGCGGAGAAAAGAUUGGUCCCUGACAGCUGCUGUAAGACCAUCACCCAUCAGUGUGGAAAGAGAGACCACCCCUCAAACAUCUACAAGGUGGAGGGCGGCUGUAUCACUAAACUGGAGCAGUUUCUGGCAGAACACUUGCUCAUUAUUGGUGCUGUGGGAAUAGGUGUGGCCUGUCUACAGAUUUGUGGAAUGGUGUUCACCUGUUGCCUGCACAGGCGAAUUAAACUGGACCCGUACUGACGGCUCAGA